GGGAGUUAGGGUUUCUGAAAGCUUUCGGUAGCGGCUUUCAGCCUUUCAGUGCAGCAAGCUUGAAGUUCGUCUCUACCGACAACAAAGGCAAUGGCUCCUUCUGUACAGCCUAAAAGUGGGCUGUUUGUUGGAUUGAACAAAGGGCAUAUCGUUACGAAACGGGAGUUGGCUCCUCGCCCUUCUAACAGAAAAGGGAAAACUAGCAAGAGGGUGCAUUUCGUCAGGAAUAUCAUCAGGGAAGUUGCUGGUUUUGCUCCCUAUGAGAAGAGGAUCACUGAGCUUCUGAAGGUUGGGAAGGACAAGCGUGCACUCAAGGUUGCCAAGAGAAAGUUGGGUACCCAUAAGAGGGCAAAGAAGAAGCGUGAGGAGAUGUCUAAUGUUCUUCGCAAGAUGAGGUCUGCUGGAGUGCACGAGAAGAAGAAAUGAUGAAUUUUUACCCAAUGCACUCUUGAUUUAGAAUUGGUCUGUAUCUGCUGUUAGAUCGACAUCUCUAGUUAUAUACUUGAGAGAAUGAUGAGGUUAACUUACUAUACACCUUGUAUUGGUGUAUGCUCUAUGAAAUUGCUUAAGUAUCCCUUGUUUUUUUUUAACUGUAUUAGAAGUUCUAUUGUU